AUAGAUAUAUAUAUAUAUAGAGAGAGAGAGAGAGAGAGAGAAAGGAAAGGAAGGAGGAAGAGGGGAGGGAAAUGGAGAAAGCUCUGGUGAAAGUUGGAAGCUUGAAAGCAGGUGGCUACUGGAUCUCCAAGAAAGCCAAGGAAGAGUUCUCCAACAUCAGUGAAGACUUCACUAGCUUCUCAAAUACUGUUGAAGAGAAGGCAAAAUGGAUCUUCAACAAGCUAAAAGGGAAGCCACUGAAAUCCUUGCCAGAUCUGCUUCAGGAAUAUAACUUGCCUCCGGGUCUUUUUCCACAGAACAUAACAUGCUACGAAUUUGAUGAGCCAAAGUCCAAGCUGACUGUAUACUUGCCCUCUGCCUGCGAGGUUAGUUUCAAGGACUCAUCCGUUAUAAGGUACGCAACACGAGUAAAAGGCAUUCUUUUGAGGGGAAAACUUACAAACAUAGAAGGAAUGAAGACCAAGGUCUUGGUAUGGGUUAAGGUCACAAAUGUGGCAGUUGAGGGCUCCAAAUCGGAUAAGGUGUGGUUCAUGGCUGGUGUGAAGAAAUCGAGACCUAAGGACGCUUACGACACACCUCGUGUUGGUAUCCGAGUUCAAGAAUUUUGAGUUUCAGAUAUUAGUUUGGAAAAUGAUCUACAAAUAGAAUUAUUAUACCGAAUCUAUCACAAGAAUGAUGUGGCAGUGACAUUCUUGAAAAUAGAUUGGUUUUCGAUUUUAAAAUGAGAGGACUAAUGCUGUGACAUCAUUCUGGAUAAAGAUUCUGUAUGAAUUUUCUGUUUGUAUAGAACUAUCUAUUAGGCUAUAUGGUAUUUCAAUAUCAUCAUUGUAGUUGGGUGGAUGAUCUUAAUAGAACAGUGUUCUAGCUUGGUAGGCUAUGAUAUUUCACUUUUGUUAAAUUCUUGAUGUCAGAUGAAUAUGAAUUGUUGUUGUGGUUCUGGCUGCUUUUA